AUAUUUUAAAGUAAUGUAUGUAAUUGUAAACGAAAUUUGUGACAAAUAUGUAACACAAAAUGUUUUAAAUAAACUGUUCAAAAAAUUCGUUGCGAUUUCUACCACACGGUGCGCUGGGUGAAACAGUAAACAUCUUUCAUUAGAACGGCUCCUCUGUAGACACUCUGUUUUAUGGAGAAAAUGUGUAGGAUAUUACUAUGUAUGUAUACACACUUAAGCAUACCUCUGCAUAACCGCACGAUACAGCCGUCAGAAAUAAAAAAUCUUUGCCGUCUGUUAAUAAACAAACAAAGCAACAAAAUUCACGAUACUGUUGUAUUAACAAACGAAUGGUAUAAUGGGCAAAUCUCGUAAUGGAAAAGCUGCUGCGAUAUGCACAGCAGUAGCAUUUGUUGCAAUAGUGAUUGCAUUUACCACACCCAAUUGGCUUGAAACUGACGGCAAAUUGGAAAAUCCAAAGUUUAUUAAAAUUGGUUUAUGGCAAGUAUGUUUCCAUGGAUUUGAACAUCCCCAUCACUUGUACGACACAAAAUUUUACGGCUGUUGGUGGGUGUUCGAAGAAGAGUACUAUAUAAUUCAUGAUAUUCUUCUACCACCCUUUUUUGUGGCAACACAGUUUUUCUUCACGUUGUGUCUAACUUUAUUAUUGAUAGGAAGUUUUCUAACAACAUUGUAUGCAUGUUGUUCACGUCAUCACCACAAAUAUCAGUUGCUAUUAUGGACAAUUGGUGGGAAUUUAUUGUUCGGUGGAAUAUGCGGUAUCAUAUCUGUUAUUAUAUUUGGUGCUCGCGGGGAUGGGAGAGAUUGGAUGCCCAACUGGGAACAUAACGAGAUCAGUUGGUCUUAUGCAUUUGCUGUGAUUGGCAGCUUUAUCUUGGUUCUUGCUGGUAUCCUAUUCUUAAUCGAGGGACGUAGACACAGGAAGAAACAAGAGAGAAUUCUGAAUGAAGAACAAAAGACACAUACAACCAUCUAAUUGCAGUCUUUGCGGAAUAAAAACAUGAAUCUCUUUUAAAUUAUUUAAAGCAAUGGAAAAAACACAACUCUGUUGUUUUCAGACACAGUUUAUGUGAAAUUAUUUCUAGUAAGCUUAGUGCAAAUUUUAUAAAGACUAUUAUAUAUUUUUACAUUCAUACUCGUUAUGUUGAUAAGUAUUAUGUCCACUGCAUGCAAAUGUUCAUGUUGCCUUAUGUAUGCAGUAAUUAUAUCAAUAUUAGGGCAGUCUGAAGUUGAAAAAGAUAUUUUGUAUAUCCUUGUAACUUGUAACACAAGUAAAUUAUGCAUUUACUACUUGUUUUUGUAGAAUAACGCUACAAGUCCGUCCAUAGAAAUAAGGAAUCUUAUGCAAAGAGACUAAGAGUCUGUAAAUAGUAAUGAUAUUAAACAUAUAAUUGAAACCAUAGUAUGGUCUAAAUCCAAAUAAAUAUUGUAUAUUUGUUGUAACCUUUUAUAUCAGAAAAGUGUAUAAGAAGUUGAAACAAUAAAAGAAUUUGUUUUAAA